AAAUAUCAAUUCCAAAUUUGCUUGGUUUAACGGUUAUUCAAAAUGCUAACUAUCUUCAGCAAAAAAUUUCUGAAAGGUUUUCUUAUUUAUAUCCAAAUUUUGAAAAAAUAUUAAAAGCACAAAAAAAUACAAACCAGUUACAAAAUGGAGUUAAGAAAUGUGGUCAAAAAUUAGUAGAAAAUUUAAAUUCAACAAAAUUAGUCAAGGCUGGGUUGUUAUGUAGUUCUGAUAGAAUGUUAUGCGAUCCAAUUAGUUUUCAAGAAUUAGCUAUAGAACUAAAGAAAAAUCAAAAUAAACUAUACCAAAAAACACGACAACUAAAAAGAUCUAAAGCUGCUAUUAAAAAAAACUUAUCUUUAUCUGAUUUGGAUAAUGAAUCUCAGAAAAUACAAUUAAUAAUUAAUAAUCUAUUACAAAUCUUUUUUGUACCUUACCUAAAA